UGGGUCUGUGCGAGGGGAAAGUUAUUUGUGGGUGGGUGCUGCUUUACACCCUUGACCUUCACACAGUUGUGCUUUAUCUGUAGCCUUGCAUGGUAGCUGGCCAUCUAAAUUCACAUUAAUGCUUUCUGUAUUAAAUACACUGUAAUACAGAAAUACUCUUUUGGUUCUGAAAUUGUAUAAAUUUGCAAGAUUAAAAAAAUAUGGUUGCUUGGUGAAUGCAUUAGUCUUUCAAAAAUGCUAAGUUCAUCAAAAUUAUGACCUCUUUAAUCUUUUUGCUCUGAUUGCUAGCACACUUGCUGUGGUCUAGUAAUGCCCAAUAACAGGUACAUCAACUCUGUCCUUACAGAUGGUGCAGAAAAGUCAAGAAACAGGAAUCGCACACCUGCUAAACUCUCCCAGCUAGCCCCUUCAUCAUCACCCGAUACAAUGAAUGCAUCUAGAUACAAACAAACAAACAAAAAAAUACCCUAAAGAUACGAAGCCUGUUAAAAGAAGCCGAUGAGCUUUCCGGGAGGAGCCAGGGAGAGGUGAAGCCACGAGGAGUCUGAGGGCCCAUGGGAAGAGUUGGAACAACAGGCUCUAUUCUCCGAAACCAUGCCAGAGAUGACAGAAAAUGAGACACCUACUAAGAAGCAACAUCGAAAGAAAAACCGGGAGACACAUAAUGCAGUGGAGAGACAUCGAAAGAAGAAGAUUAAUGCUGGGAUAAACAGAAUUGGAGAACUCAUUCCCUGCUCUCCGGCACUUAAGCAGAGCAAGAACAUGAUCCUGGAUCAGGCCUUUAAGUAUAUAACGGAAAUGAAAAGACAGAAUGAUGAACUCCUGUUAAAUGGAGGGAACAAUGAACAGGCUGAAGAGAUAAAAAAACUCCGGAAACAGUUGGAUGAACUGCAAAAGGAAAACGGGAGAUACAUCGAACUACUGAAAGCAAAUGAUAUUUGCCUGUAUGAUGACCCUACAAUCCACUGGAAGGGAAAUCUCAAGAAUGCGAAAGUCUCGGUUGUUAUUCCCAGUGAUCAGGUUCAAAAGAACAUCAUUGUCUAUUCAAAUGGGAGUCAACCCAACGGAAAUAACCAGGGAGCAUCUGUCCAGGGAAUAACGUUUAAUGUUGGUCAUAAUUUACAAAAGCAAACAGCCAAUGUUGUGCCAGUCCAGAGAACUUGCAACCUAGUGACUCCUGUGACCAUUUCUGGCAUUUACCCCACGGAAAACAAGCCAUGGUCGCAAACUACAGUUUCUCCGCUGGCAUCCGCUCAGACAGCUCCAGCAGGAAACGUUCUUGAGCUUUCCACCCCGGAGAAUGAGCGAGGCGUGCUUGCCGCUGCUACUGCCAGCUCGCAGAGCGCAUCUCGAUCCGGAACAGAACAGGAACUGCAGUGUUCUUCAAAUAAUGCACCACAGAAUGAUCAAAAUCUCCCCAAAAGGAAUGGUGAUGAGGGCACUAAAUUAACAAAGAAAACACUCCUGCAGGGAAUCAGCCUUCCUUCCAGUGCCUCCACGGAAGCCUCCCAAGUUCAACAGGUGAAUGCAACUUGCUCAAAUACACACAGUUCGAGGAGUGACCUUCAGGAAAGCUGUGUCAUUUUGACCACGGACACAGUUUGUGUGCCAUCUGUGAGACUGUCUACUGCAGAGAGUUUUUCCUCUGUAAACGUCCUCAAAAGUACAGACUUAGUAAGUAGUGCUGGAAUGCCUGUGUCUUCUGCAGCAGAAGGAGUUAAGGCUGUGACGGUGGUAAGCACUCUGCCUGCCAGUCCCUUAGAGAACUGCUGGACUUUUUCAGGCUCUUCAGGUGUUGGCAGUUCAGACUUGAAAAAUAUGAGUAGCCUUACACGGAUACCUUCAGCUGGAAACACACAGACCACGUGGACAACUUUGCAGCUAGCGGGAAAUACUGUUCAGCCACUAAGCCAAACGCCAUCCGGUAUAAUGACUGCACUAUUAAAUGAGCCAGUUAAUGGUGCUGGUACUGUAUCUUCUGCUCAUAGCAGGCCUUUGACUACAAGUAUCAGUUUGAAUACUUCUCUGCCGGGGGAUGGCCAGGCAGCUGAACAGAUUGUGGUUACCUUACCCUCCUGCCCACCCUUACCUAUGCAGCCAUUAAUCAGCCAGCCACAGGUUAAAACUCAGGCUGCAGGAAAUAUCCUUCCAUUAAAUUCAGCUAUGCAGGUGAUUCAGAUGGCUCAGCCAGUCGCGUCAGCUGUUACAGGAGCACCAGCUAACCAGAACGUCAUCAUUCUCCAGCCUCCAAACCCCGCUCCCUGCCCUCCGAUUGUGAGAGCGGAAGUUCCCAGCCAAAAUGUUAGUCAGCAAAUUGUGAUUAUACAAGCUGCUAAUCAGAAUCCUCUUCCCCUCCUCUCCGCUCAGCCUUCUGCUUCUGUAAGAGUUCCCGUGAAUGGGCCGACUGCAAUCGCGAACUCUAGCAGCUCCAUACAAAAUGCCUCUCUUCCACAGACUUUUGGAGGGAAACACCUUGUCCAUAUAUUACCGAGACCAUCUUCUUUGCCAUCUUCUAGCUCUACGCAAACGUUUUCAGUUACAAUGUCCAAUCAACAGCAUCCUCAAACUAUCUCAUUAAACGGGCAGCUUUUUGCAUUGCAGCCUGUGAUGUCUUCAUCUGGAGCUUCAAAUCAAGCCCCUAUGCAAAUUAUUCAACCCACCACCAGCGAAGAUCCAAAUACCAAUGUUGCCCUCAAUACAUUUGGUGCUUUAGCUAACCUCAAUCAAAGCAUUUCGCAAAUGGCUGGACAGAGCUGCUUACACUUGUCUCUCAGCCACCCUACCAAUCCCACAACUGUCAAUAACCAGAUUGCCACAGUUAACUGUGUGUCGUUACCAACUUCUGUGGCAUCGUCAGUACCCGCAGAGGUUUCAGUAUUAACUAGUGCAUCUAAUUCAAUAAAUGCUUCCCCCAAAAAAGCAGCUGCUGGCUUGCCAUCCAAUGCAAAAUCAAAAAGGACAAAUAAAAAGCCAAGUACAAAGAAACACCAGGCAGUUAACAGUAAAGUGUCCUGCCCAGCAGUUCCUUGCAAAGAUGCAGGGAAGGUGGACUGUGCUCCUGUGGAAACGGCGGCAAAGCAUUCGAGCGGCGAGGGGCUGCUUGAAAACGCUCCAGCAGUACCGCAAGCUUUAACGACGUCGCAGGCGAGCAGUGUGGCAGCAUCGCGUGGCGUCAGUGCUUCUGACUGUCAUUCCAAAGAGACUGCGAGCUCUGAACAGGCAGCCAAAACCUGCUCCGUCCCCGAACCGAGCUCGGCAGAGGCACCCGCUUCCUCGCCGCUGGCGUCCGUGGUGUCAGAGCAGCUGGCGCUCGUCCCGCCGACUGCCAAAGAUGCUGCUCCUCGCCAGCAGGCCCGUGGGUCUCAGAACCGUCCACCAACUGGCCCUGCCUUGUCAGAAUCUCCCAAACCCUGUGAACCCCCCAGCACCUUAACGUCCUCCCGUACCGAAGCACAUGUGACACAUUCUCAGGUUGCUGGGACGUCAGCAGCACAGAGCAGCACAGCAGGUCAUGCUUCCAAGGCAGGAACGAUUUCAGAGUCCUGCAACGUUGCGCAGGAUUCCUCAGUGGUAAUGCAAGAUGCGGACUUGUUAGAAGGACAGGGUCUAACCAAAAUGCUGUCUGAUCUCACGAAAGAAAGAACAGCUGUGGAAAAAACCUCUUCAUUUACUGUUCAGGGGGAGCAUUCUAAUUUUCCCAUGGAAAACUCUAAAUCAGCAGAAUCAAAUGUUGAUUUGCCUGAGAAGCAGGAACUCUUGCUAAUGAACACGGAAGGUGAUACUCUCUCCCAGCAUCACUCCUGCAUUUCCGAUCAGGAAGUAGUCAGUGCUUCCCUUAUCGCUAGCAGGCAGGCAGACUCCCCAAUGUCAACUAGCUCUGGCAGCAGUCGAGGAUUCUCAGUUGCAUCUAUGUUGCCAGAUACCACCAGAGAAGACGUUACUAGCAGCACCUCAACCAGUACCUGUAACAGCUGCACAUUUUCAGAACAGACCGACAUUGUAGCUCUUGCAGCGAGAGCUAUUUUUGACCAGGAAAACCUUGAGAAAGGUGGAGGAGGAAUACAGGUUAACAUGAGGGAUGCCAUCUCUAAGUCAGCUGAGGUUGCACCUUUGGAGAGAGAGCAACAGCCUUUUAAACCUCAACCGGUGAAAGAAAACAACACAGGGCCGUUGGAAGCGGCACCAAACAAAUUCAGUGCUCAAGAUACAGUACAGACAAACGUCGAUAGACAGGUUGAAAAGCCAAGCUGCUCUGUAGGAGGCGCGGAAACCUCAAACACUUCUUUGCAGAUUUCUGCUUCCCAGUCACCAAGCAUAACCAGUUUAAGCGUGAAUAAUCUAAUACACCAGAGUCGCAUUGUCCAUCCCCUUGUGAGCUGCUCGAGUUUAUCCCAGUCUUCGGAGCCAGCAAGUGUCCCUGCAACGGUGAGCCUCUCCCUCCCAACUAGCACAUAUGUCAAUCAGUCUCCGGUACCCGCUAUGAUGAGUGAAUAUGCUCAGGAACAACUGAAUGCUAUUAGGGCAAGCACCAUGCAGGCUCCCCAGCUGCAGGAAUCGCACUUAAAGCAGCAAAAUCACGAAGGUCGCAAAGACUCUGCCAAGCGGGCUGUUCAAGACGACCUUCUGCUUUCUACGGCAAAGAGGCAAAAGCAGUGCCAGACAACGCCCAUAAGGCUUGAAGGGAUGGCGCUGAUGAACCGAACACCGGAGAGUAUUGCCGAUCAAACACAGAUGCUAGUCAAUCAGAUUCCUCCUAAUUCAUCCAAUUCAGUGGCAUCAGUGAGCAAUCAAGGGCACACCGAUGGCCUCAAUAGGUUAUUCCCAUCCAACAGCAAUUUUGUAACGCCAGCUUUGAGACAAACUGAAGUUCAGUGUGGUUCUCAGCCCUCAAUUUCAGAGCAGCAAGGCCAGGCAGGGCAGCACUUGCAGCCGAUUCAACAUGUUCCUGCUCCAGGCAUAUCUCACCUUCACAGUAAUCAUCCAUACUUAAAGCAACAGCAGGCUGGUCAGUUAAGAGAAAGGCACCACUUGUAUCAGCUGCAGCACCACGUCACUCACGGGGAAAACUCAGUCCACUCUCAACCCCACAGUGUCCACCAACAGCGAACAAUACAGCAGGAGGUGCAGAUGCAAAAGAAACGAAAUCUCAUCCAGGGAACACAAGCCACACAACUUUCUCUACAGCAAAAACACCACGGAAGUGAUCAAACACGGCAAAAAGGUGGUCAGCCUCAUCCUCACCACCAGCAAAUGCAGCAGCAGAUGCAGCAGCACUUUGGAGCUUCCCAGCCUGAAAAGAACUGUGAAAAUCCUGCAACAAGCAGAAACCAUCAUAACCACCCUCAGAGCCAUAUAAAUCAGGAUAUUAUGCAUCAACAGCAGCAAGAUGUUAGCAGCAGACAGCAAGGUUCAGCUUCUGAACACGUGUCAGGGCACAAUCAGAUGCAGAGACUUAUGACCUCAAGGGGCUUAGAGCAGCAAAUGGUGUCCCAGGCAAGUAUCGUAACCAGACCCUCAGAUAUGACAUGCACCCCUCAUAGGCAGGAAAGAAACAGAGUUUCCAGCUACUCUGCUGAGGCGCUCAUUGGGAAGACGCCCUCUAAUUCGGAACAGAGAAUAGGAAUAUCUCUCCAAGGCCCUAGGGUUUCUGACCAGCUUGAAAUGAGAAGCUAUCUUGAUGUUCCUAGAAAUAAAGGGUUGGUGAUUCAUAAUAUGCAGGGCCGCUUAUCUGUCGACCAUACAGUUGGCUCAGAUGUGCAGCGGCUUUCUGAUUGUCAAACAUUCAAGCCAGCUGGACCCAAUCAGCAACCAACGGGCAAUUUUGAUGUACAGGCUUCAAGAAACAGCGAAAUUGGUAAUUCUGUGUCAUCCCUCAGGGGCAUGCAGUCGCAAGCGUUUCGAAUUGGUCAAAAUACUGGGCCAUCCAUAGAGAGACAGAAGAGAUUGCCCUACCAGCCAGUACAGGGUAUUCCAACAGGAAAUGCCCUGCCAUCAAGGGAAAAUGAAAACACGUGCCACCAAAGUUUUAUGCAGAGUUUACUUGCCCCUCACCUUGGAGAUCAAGUUAGUGGAAGCCAAAGAUCAAUCCCAGAACAUCAAAGGAACACGCAGUGCGGCGCCUCCUCCACAAUUGAGUACAACUGUCCCCCAGCACGGGAGAGCGUCCACAUCCGAAGAGAUGGUGACGGCCAGAGUAGGGAGAGCUGUGACAUGUCUAUUGGUGCAAUUAACACAAGGAACAGUUCUUUGAAUAUUCCUUUUUCGAGUUCUUCUUCCUCGGGAGAUAUUCAGGGUCGCAACACGAGCCCAAACAUCUCUGUGCAGAAGUCCAAUCCCAUGAGGAUGACAGACAGUCAUGGAACCAAGAGCCACAUGAAUACGCCUGUUUCUAGCAACAUGCAUGGAGUCGUGAGGCCAACUCACCCUCACCCUGCAGUUUCUCAUGGAAAUGGUGAGCAAGGGCAACCUUCUGUUCGUCAGCCAAAUUCUUCAGUUACUCAGCGGUCGAGGCAUCCUCUGCAAGAUAAUGGAGGUUCUAAAAUACGUCAGCCCGAAAGGAAUCGAUCCGGAAAUCAGAGACACGGAAACGUCUUUGACCCUAGUCUUCCCCAUCUUCCCCUGUCUACCAGCGGCAGUAUGAUCCUUGGGCGCCAGCAGUCUGCGAUAGAAAAAAGAGGAAGCAUUGUCCGAUUUAUGUCUGAUGGCCCUCAAGUGUCUAACGAUAAUGCGGCCCCUGACCAACAUACUCUCUCUCAGAAUUUUGGAUUCCCUUUUAUUCCAGAGGGUGGCAUGAAUCCACCGAUAAAUGCUAAUGCCUCUUUCAUCCCACCAGUCACUCAGCCUAGUGCCACUCGAACGCCAGCUCUAAUCCCGGUCGAUCCUCAGAAUACGCUGCCAUCCUUCUACCCACCUUACUCGCCUGCCCACCCUACCCUUUCCAACGACAUUUCUAUCCCUUACUUUCCCAAUCAAAUGUUUCCUAACCCAAGCACGGAGAAGCCGAGUAGUGGAAGUUUAAACAAUCGAUUUGGAUCCAUUUUGUCUCCUCCCAGGCCUGUUGGUUUUGCUCAGCCAAGUUUUCCUUUGCUUCCGGAUAUGCCGCCGAUGCACAUGACUAACACGUCGCACUUAUCCAAUUUUAACUUAACAUCUUUGUUUCCAGAAAUAGCCACAGCUCUUCCUCCAGAUGGUUCAGCAAUGUCGCCUUUGCUGUCCAUUGCAAACACAUCUGCUUCCGAUUCUUCCAAGCAGUCCUCAAACCGACCUGCCCACAAUAUAAGCCAUAUUCUAGGUCACGACUGCAGCUCAGCUGUAUGAAAACUGAUGGACUGACUUCUAGACUGAUGCGCUGUUUAUAUAUUUAAGAAGAAAAAAGUGGAUCUUACUGGCAUCCCUGAAGAGACCAUUCAUAGCAUCACUGUUUGUUUGCCUAAAUGUAUGUAUAUGGGUACUUUCCGUAUUUAUAUACACACUGUAUUUCCAUCCACCUUACUAACUUUAAAGCACCAGUGCCUAUAGCAAUGCUUACUUACUAGUAAACAGUAAGGAUGCAACAUUGAGAGCUGUGCAAAUACUGGUUGUUGAUUUUCCAACAAUCAAGUUUGAUGUCCGAUUGUUCCAGGGUAAGGGCCACCCUCAGUAAUACGUGGAUGUAAAGAAAGGAGUGAGAGCAUCCGUAUGGGAGACAGGAAAUAAACGCUACAGAUUUUGUUUCAUUUCUGAUGUGUUUUCCUGAAACUACAGACGAACUUGAAGUGGCUUGGGUUUCUCUUUUUCCUUUGUAAAAUAUCUUCAGGAGCCUCAACACAAGUCAAGUCUGUGUUAACACAGCAUUAAUUGAUAAAGGCAUUUGUUGUGCAGCUUUUGCCUGUUUGAAGCUUGUCACAUGCACUUGACUUAAGGCUGACUUUACCUGGCAAAAAUGACUAUGUGUUUCUAUGGUCAGCAAUUAAAAAUACUGGUUUAGAAAAUUCAGAUUUCUUUAACCCAUGACUUUCUGUUUCUAAGAAGAAUUUUGUUUGGAUCCGUUUUAACAAUGGCUUCAGUUACUGCUGAACGUGGUCAACAUUUUAAUGUAGCUUACGACUCCUUCUGGUGCAGUCAGCGGAGACAGUAGUCCUAUUUGUUGCCAUUUCAUUGUUCGUAUGCUGCAAGUUACCUCAGGGUGGGUUUUGUACCUUGUUUAGCACCUUCUUAAUGUCUUUCCGCCCCUCCCUCCUUUUCUUUGGCCCACGCUCAAACACCAGCUUUCUGGUUUCUGUGAGUGACAGCCUUUUGUUGUACCAGGCAGCACAUGGGAGGAGAACUGAGCCUGUGGCAUCCCGCAAAAUGAGCAGGGAACCCUGGGGGCAUAGUUUUUACUUAACGUUGCUGACAGGAUCGGGGCCCGCGUUAAUAUCAGUACUCUGCACUUGAAUGCACCUUUUGUCUAAACCCGUAUGAUUGUGGCAGAAGGAGGAACGUGAACGUGUCAAGACUGAAACGCUGCAUACCGGGAAGACGUUGUGAUUUGAGCACCACGAGGAAGGCGGAUGCGCUUGUAUGUGCGUGAGAGAUGGAGUGAAUGUGCGUGCGCUGGCUGAGCCUCCAGUACUUUCACAAAUUUCGGUCCCGUUUCUUUUAAAGGAAAGGGAAGAACUAGGACUUUUUCUGAAAUCUGCCACGACCAGGAUGGAGAAAUACUAUUUCAUUACCCUCCUUGAACAUGGCAAUUUCUGUUGAAGUUCAGCCACAUACAAGUGAGUUUUUUUACAUGCCAUAAGUGAUACUAAAUGAUCUCAUGGCGUUGGUGUGGGAUCAGGAAGACUGCUGUGAAAAGAAAGGUAGGCAGAUGUAUCUGCUUGAGCUUCAUAUAAACGCACUUGUCCAAAUUCCAUUGUUUACACUUCUGACUGGCUUUUUAGAUCAAUUUAAUUAAAGAAAAAUUGGCUCUAUUGUGCAGUCUUUUGGUCUAAUUGACUGUCCAAGAUGGUCUUUGAACGCUGAAUCCGGGCAGGUCCCCUGGCUUAAGAGAAGCUUGUGGGUUUGCCACAGAUUUCAGCUUCUCUCAUGUUCAUGCUCAUAUGCCUUUAGGCAGAACAGUGCAUGGACUGGAUAUUUCACAUCAAAAGAGGGGAAAUUAGAUGUUAAGUAAUUUUUGUUAUUUUUUAAUUAUGAAAUUGUUUUGGUUUUCCUCUUCAUAAACUAAUCACCCCUGCCGUUCCACAUGGACCAGGCUUCUUGCAUUUAGUUUUGUAGGUCAGUUUGUGCCACUCACAGGUUGGUGUUUCAGCUUCUGACCGCUGGCCCUUUCCCAGGGCUUUGGGCUCUGCUCUCAGGAAGAGGAACGAUUGCAUCAUCUUUGCCAUUCUUUCUUUUCUUUCUUUUUUCUUUUAUUUUUCCUUUCUCCUACCAUUGAAGCUGUUGUGUUUAAGUGUCAGGUUGAUAAGACUUUAAGGAAGGCUCACCUUACUUCAAUACAUGUUUUUUGGGGAGGAAAAAAAAAAAGUUUGAAAAAGGAGCUCUGCAAGUUUGGCAGAUGAAAUAAUUCUGUUUUACUUGUUAUAAUAACAAUUUGACAAACAAAUACAUUUUCUUCAGCAAACAUCUACGACAGCAACAAUUUGUUAUCUUUUCCUCCUAAAAAUUACCUGGCAAUUAACAGUUCUUUUGUUUUUCAAGAUAUAUUUGGAAAAGAUUUUGUGGUUUUAAUUGCAGUUUGUUAUGUGGAGAACGGCAUUUUCUCUUCCAUAAUACCUUUUUGAAGGUUACUUACAUUAAGUGGGGGUUUUGUUUUGGCUUUGAAGAAAGGAAAAAUACCCAGUACUGCUUAAUUUAGCAAAAUAAGCAGCCGAAGGGAAAGGUUCAGCACUACCUCUAGGGUGGGACUGCCACAGCUGACAAGCGUUGUGGAGCUGUGGCUUUCAGCUUGCCCUAAGUGACUUCUGACAAUAGCAACUGCUGUAGGGCUGGGCUGCGCCCAUGUCUCUGUAGUCCUUGAUUAAUCCCUUAAGAAGCCUAGGAGCGUAAGAGCAGAGUCAGACUAAGUUGAAAGCAGGUAAUAAAACAGUAACAUAUUAACAUUUAUAUACCUUUUCAUUGAGAGAAAGGACCUCAUUUAAGAACAGCUAAGGAAACCGAGAACUGAAGUGAUUUGAGCUGGUGGCUGAGCCUUACUGGAAUGUGUUUUCUAGCUCCUGCUCCCUGCUCCAGUCACUAUGCUGCUGCCCAGGUGGAAGAGCACCUCUCUGAACUAAAAAAAAAAAAAAAUACGCUGUGCUAGUACAGAGCCUCCUGAAUUUUGCACAGAUUUCCUACUGCACUUUAAAGCUGCGCUGCUGCUGCUGUGGUUGGUGACUGUAGUGCUGUUGCAGGAAACAAAUCGUGUCAGGGCAACUGCAGAGGGCAUUGCUGGAGAAAAGGGGUCAUUUUGUUAUUUCUGAUCUCCUGUUCUCUUCUCACCUUACGCAGAGGUACUCGCGCAGCCCUGGCUCAAGGACUUGGUCACAAACUCACGCUGUUUCUGGAUGACUGAGCGUAGGCAGCUGGGCUAAGAGCUGUGAUGUUUUGCUGUUCCCCAAAUAAGUUUCAUGCUCAUCACUUUCUUAAUGAUCUCACUUUGACUGGAAAGACAGAGUAGCUUUGAAUCUAUUUAUACCAAAUCUGUCAAAAUUUGUGUUGUUUUCUGAUACAGCGAUAUAAGGAGCUCCAUUCUUUAUCAUCACCUAAGUGGUCUACUACUGCUGUUCCCUUCUCCCGCUGCCAGUGAUCCAGCACGGGUAGCAGCCACAUGGACAGGAGCGCCAGUGCAGACACAGGUUUGUGUGUGAGGGUGUUUUCGACCUCCUACUGCCUCUGCGAUCCCUAGAGUAAAUCUAAAACCUCAGAGCACCAACACUUUAUUCCCACUAGUUAUACUGAGAGCAAGUUAUUCUGUGAACCGGUGAAAGAUUUAGCAGAGGUUUUUGGUCAUGACAAUACCAAACAAGCCCUGCUUCAUUACACAGAAGCCAUUUAUUAUUUGCUGAUACCAGUUUUUAUGAGAUAAAUAAAAAAAAAAAAAGCAUUUCUUUCUGCCUCACCAAAAGUAUUUUUACAAGUAGGUUUCCAAGUUUGCAAUAUGCGCUGCUGUUUUGGCAAUCACAAAUAUGAAACAACCAAGCCCACAGUGGGCUGUACCCCCGUUCUCGCCCGCUCACUGUGAGAAGGGCAGCAAAUACAGAUUUUGCCACAGGAGAUUAAUCAAAGAUGCUGUUGCCCUCCAUGGUGUAAAUUAUUUAUAUUCAGUCCAGAGUUUUCUGCUGUGCUUCUGUUUUAUACAGCUGUAAAUUACUUGGAUACAGCCUCGGUGGAAAGUCCUUACUAUUUUGUAAUGGAAAAAAGGAACUCUGCAGUAGAAAUCUAUAAUGAAUGAACAGGAACAUCAUCUUCCAAUUGUAAAUAAGAUCUUGUUCUGUUUAUUUUGACAUCUUUUUACAAAUGUGUUGCAUUCAGGUGUAAAUAUCCCAAACCAUGAUCUUGUUCAGAGUUCUGAGAUUUCUAUUGUUAAAUGUAAUACUUUGUUUAAUAGUUGUAAUAAUUAUUUGUAUAGAUAUGAACAUGAUAGUAUUUUAUUAAAAAAACCAAAAAUGUUCUUUGAA